GUGUGUGUGUGUGUGUGUGUGUUUUAUCAGUAACUACAGGGAGAAGGAGAGACAGAUCCUGAGACUCAGCGCACUGAUACAUCACUACAGGAAGUGGAGAGAGAGCUGCGGGGUGAUCAGUGUCAUGCCCCUUCUGCGUUGUUAUGGACCAUGAAAGCGACGAUGCUGAGACCUCCUUCGCGCUGGUGUACCGACUCGAGAGACCUGUGUUCAACGAGGAGCACAUCCACACCCAGCUGCAUAAGAAAGAACGGACGCACAAGCCUGUUCGACAGAGAGUAGCCGAGCACUGCCGCUGUUCACCUAAAAAAGCCAAAUCUGCCAUCUUCAGCUUCCUCCCCAUCCUGUCAUGGCUGCCGUCCUAUCCGGUGAAGGACUAUCUGUUUGGGGACGUGGUCUCGGGUCUCAGCACGGGAGUCAUGCAGCUGCCCCAAGGUCUUGCGUACGCGAUGCUUGCUGCGGUUCCUCCAGUCUACGGCCUGUAUUCAUCAUUCUUUCCUGUUCUUCUCUACACCUUCUUCGGCACGUCCAGACACAUCUCCAUAGGCACGUUCGCGGUGAUCAGCCUGAUGAUCGGCAGCGUGGCGGUGAGAGAGGCGCCGGACUCCAUGUUUCCUCUGAACGGGACAAACGGGACGGGGCUGAUCGACGUGGCCGCUCGAGACGCCAGGAGAGUGCAGGUGGCGGCGACCGUCACCGCGCUCAUGGGACUGUUCCAGCUGAUGCUGGGCCUGCUGAGGUUCGGUUUCGUGGCGAUCUACCUGACCGAGCCGCUGGUGCGAGGCUUCACCACCGCCGCUUCGGUGCACGUGUUCGUCUCUCAGCUGAAAUACCUUUUCGGGGUUAAAACCCAGCGCUACAGUGGGCCGUUAUCUGUGAUCCACAGUUUCAUGGCGGUGUGUAAAGAGAUCACCAGCACUAACAUCAGCGCGCUCGUCGUGGGACUGGUGUGUAUCGUCUUCCUCUACGGUGUGAAGGACAUCAACGAGCGGUUUAAAAAGAAGCUGCCCAUCCCCAUUCCCGGAGAGAUCAUCGUGGUGAUCGUCUCGACGGGGGUUUCCUACGGCAUGUCUCUUUCUGAGAGGUACCAGACGGACAUCGUAGGAGAGAUCCCGAGAGGGCUCCAAGCGCCAUGCGUGCAAGACUUCAGUCUCUUCCCCAACCUGAUCGCGGAUGCCGUCGCUCUGGCCGUGGUCGGGUUCUCCAUCGGGAUCUCCCUGGCCAAGAUAUUCGCUCUGAAAUACGGAUACAGCGUGGAUGGAAACCAGGAGCUGAUUGCGCUCGGGUUGUGUAACUUCGUCGGCUCCUUUUUCCACACCUUCGCCGUCACCAGCUCGAUGUCUCGCAGUUUGGUGCAGGAGAGCACGGGUGGAAAGACUCAGAUUGCAGGAUUGCUGGCCUCCUUACUCGUCCUUUUGGUGAUUUUGGCAAUCGGGUUUGUGUUCCAGCCUUUACCACAGACGGUGUUAGCUGCCAUCAUCAUGGUCAACCUGCUCGGCAUGUUCAAACAGUUCCGAGACAUCCCCGCUUUAUGGAGAACCAGCAAGAUCGAACUGGCGAUUUGGGUGGUGGCCUUCGUGGCGGCCGUCCUCCUGGGGUUAGAUUACGGACUCCUGGUGGCUGUUACAUUCGCGAUACUGACCGUCAUCUACAGGACACAGAGCCCUAAGAGUGUUAUUCUCGGGCAGAUCUCCAACACUGGACUUUACUACGACACUGAGGAAUAUGAAGAGGCUACAGAAUGUUCAGGGAUUAAGAUUUUUCACUCCAAUUCUUCAAUCUACUUUGCGAACAGCGACCAGUACGUGAGCGCUCUCAAAGAAAAAACGGGAGUAAAUCCUGCACAGAUUCUGGCCGAGAGAAAAUCCCAGCAGAAGCGCGAGAAGAAGAACAGAGAGAAGAAAGACUCGCGGCACGGCUCUGAGCAGAAGAAGACCGCGGUGGUUAAACAGGAUGUGGAAGGCGUGAGUCAUGAAGUGAUAGACGAAGUCCAGACGCACGUUGGCUCGCAGGUUAACGGGCAGAUCGGUGAGACGGAGUCGGGCUCUGAGGACGAUCGCUUCCUCCAGCCGCUGUGUCCCGUCCACUCCAUCAUCCUCGACUUCUGUUCCGUCAACUUCAUGGACUCUGUAGGAGCCAAAGCUAUCAAAUCUGUCAUUAAGGAGUUUGGAGCCAUUAAUGUGAAAGUCGUGCUCGCCGGAUGCAGCCGAAGUCUCCUCUCCGAUCUCAGGACUCUGCAGUUCUUCAGCGGCCCCGUGACCCUGGACAUCAUCUUUCCCACCGUCCACGAUGCCGUACUGCACUGCCAGCACACGGGGGCGCCCUCCUCCAGCCUCGCCAGCCUGUGAGCGCACAGGAAACAGGAAGUGCUCUUCUGAAGAGUGUGUGGGGAAAAGUCAUUUAGAAGCAAAAAAAUAUAAAAAAAAAAAAAAACAGGAGCUCGGUGUCAGGUACCUGGAACACAUCCUGCCUUUAAACAC